AUGUGUUCGUUCUACUCGUACAAAGCUGUCAAGAGACGUGAUUUUGCAAGGCGUAUGAGUACACAUCCCAAAGCGCCUGCUAGAGACGUUGUGCCCUCACAUAUCCAAAGCUUACAUUGUUCAACUUCGUUUGAAGAUAAACCGGCGUUAGACGUCCACGUCUUGAAAAAACACCCUGAUUUCGUGGCGUCAGUUACAAGCAUAAUACAUGAAUGCCAAGAAUGCUCAUUUAUGCACUCGUAUAUCCGGGUAGAAGGCAGGUUGAACUACAUCCAUUGA